AUGAAGCUGAAUGAGCGGAGCGUGGCCCACUACGCCACCUGCGACUCGCCCACCGGCUUCCUCCGGAAGCGGGUGGAGCGGCAUCACCACCAUGCCCACCACCACCACGGCACCUCCUACCAGCGCCGCUGGUUUGUCCUCAAGGGCAACCUCCUCUUCUACUUCGAAGAGCGGGAGAGCCGGGAGCCUAUGGGGCUGGUGGUGCUGGAGGGCUGCACCGUGGAGCUGUGCGAGGCUGCCGAGGAGUUUGCCUUUGCCAUCCGCUUCGACGAUGCCGGCGCCAGGGCUUACGUGCUGGUGGCUGACGGGCAGGCUGCCAUGGAGGCCUGGGUGAAGGCGCUCUCACGGGCCAGCUUUGACUACAUGCGGCUGGUGGUGAGGGAGCUGGAGAAGCAGCUGGAGGAGGCCUGCAAGAGUUUGGCCGCUUGCUGCAAGUCUCCGCGGAGAUCCUCCUCCUCCGGCAGGAAGAGGCACCUCUCCAACCCCGCCUUGCUGCCACUCCAGGAGAAGCCCACGGUGCUGGAGAAUGGUUACUCCACGUGGGGCAGUGGCGUCCCCGGGGGGACCACCUGCCCUGACCGUGAUGGGGGUCACGCAAAGCCCCCACCCCUGCCUCCACGCCGGCGCUCGGCUGCCAGCAGUGCUGUGGGGUUCCCGGCACCCAGCCUCUUGCCGAGUAUGCCGGAAAGCCCAGCGUCACCGGAGACAGACUGCUUCUCCAAGCUGCACAGCUGGUACGGUCAGGAGAUCGCAGUGCUGAGACGGGAGUGGCAGGAGAGGCAGAAGAGGGGACACCCAUGA